AUGGUUUUGUACACGACCCCCUUUCCUAAUAGCUGUCUGUCCGCCCUGCAUGCCGUGUCCUGGGCACUCAUCUUCCCAUGCUACUGCGUGGUGGACCGGCUCCUGACCCCCUUCACUUCCAUCAGCUGCAAGAAGUGCCACCGGGCGAACAGCCCGUGCUACCUCCAGCUGCUCUGCAUCAUCCUCUUCACGCCCAUCUACCUGGCGCUUCUUGUCGCCGCGCUGCCCUUGGGAUUUCUUGGGUUCCUCCUCUGGUUCCCCCUGCAGUCUGUCCGCCGGCCCUACAUCUAUUCACGGCUGGAAGAUAAGGGCCAGGCCGGUGGGGCGGCUCUGCUUGGUGAAUGGAGGGGUACAGGUACUGGAAAAAGCUUCUGCUUUGCCACUGCCAACCUCUGCCUCCUCCCCGAAUCACUCGCAAGGCUCAACAACGUUUUUCACGUACAAACACGGGCCAAAGAGAUUGGGCAGAGAAUCCGCAAUGGGGCCAGUCGGCCCCAGAUCAAAAUCUACAUCGAUUCUCCCACCAACACCUCCAUCAGUGCAGCCAGCUUCAGCAGCCUGGUGUCACCGCAGGGCAGUGAUGGCAUUGCCCAGACUGUUGCUGGGAGCAUUAAGAGGACGGCUUCUGUGGAAUACAAAGGCAAUGGCGGACGCCGCCCCAGUGAUGAGGCAGUGAACAGCCCAGCCUCUGGGGACCCAAACAACGGCGGCAGUCUUGAGGACGCCUGCAUCGUCCGUAUUGGUGGUGAGGAGGGGUGCCGGCCUCCCGAAGCAGACGACCCUGCCACUGGGAACCAGGCCAGGAACGGGGCCGCCAGGGGCCAGAAGGGUCAGACACCCAACCACAGUCAGCAGGAUGGGGAUUCGGGGAGCCUUGGCAGCCCCUCAGCCUCCAGGGAGUCUCUGGUGAAGGCACAAGCCGGGGCAGACGGUGGUGGCGGGGAGCCAGGUGCCACCAACAGCAAGCUCCUGUACAAGGCCUCGGUGGUGAAGAAGGCAGCCGCUCGCAAGAGACGACACCCAGACGAGGCCUUUGACCACGAGAUCUCGGCCUUCUUCCCCGCCAACCUGGACUUCCUGUGCCUACAGGAGGUGUUUGACACGCGGGCAGCUGUUAAGUUGAAAGACCAGCUACACGGCUACUUCGAGUACAUCCUGUACGACGUCGGGGUCUACGGCUGCUACAGAAGCCACGGCUGCUGCAGCUUCAAGUUUCUCAACAGCGGCCUCUUCUUUGCCAGCCGCUACCCCAUUAUGGAAGUGGCCUAUCACUGUUACCCCAAUGGGCGGUGCUCCGAUGCCCUGGCCUCCAAGGGAGCGCUGUUUCUCAAGGUGCAGGUGGGAAGCACACCUCAGGACCAAAGAAUCGUCGGGUACCUCUCCUGCACACACCUGCAAGCCACAACAGAAGACAGCGCCAUCCGCUGUGAGCAGCUGGACCUGCUUCAGGACUGGCUGACUGACUUCCGAAAAUCUACCUCCUCGUCCAGCGCAGCCAACCCCGAGGAGCUGGUGGCGUUUGACGUCAUCUGUGGAGAUUUCAACUUUGACAACUGCUCCUCCGAUGACAAGCUGGAGCAGCAGCAUUCCCUGUUUACACGCUACAAGGACCCCUGCCGCCUUGGCCCUGGGGAGGAGAAGUCGUGGGCCAUUGGUACCCUGCUGGAUACGAACAACCUCUAUGAUGAGGAUGUGUGCACCCCAGAAAAUCUGCAGAAGGUCUUGGAGAGCGAGGAAGGCCGCAGGGAGUACCUGGCGUUCCCCACCAGCAAGAGCUCCGGAGCAGGCCAGAAGGGGCGCAAGGACCUUCUGAAGGGCAACGGUCGUCGCAUUGACUACAUCCUUCAUGGGGAGGAGGGGCUGGGCCCCGACUGGAAGGCUGAGGUGGAAGAAUUCAGUUUUAUCACCCAGCUGUCAGGCCUGACUGACCACCUCCCGGUAGCCAUGCGACUGAUGGUGUCCACCGGCGAGGAGGAGGCAUAG